AACAUAACUAAGCAAAUUUUUAUAACCUUCCCAAUAUAACACCGGUCAAAUAUAUUGAAGAUCUUUAGAGAGCUUUCAUACAAAGCUUUUUGUCGGGGUACAUGGCAAUAUUUAAAAUUUCAUAAAAUGUCAACUUCGCACCCCUCAGAAGUUUUUUAAUUCGACAAACAUAAACAAAAACCACGCGAAAUAAAACCUCAUGAAUUGAAAACAAUUUUUAUCACAGAUAAACUGAGAGAAAAGUAACAAUAUUAAAAAUGGGAGGAAAUCGUGGAAACUUUCGUAAUCAACGUAGAAAUUUCCGUGGUGGGAGAAAAGAAAAUUUCAAUUCGAGAAGAAAAGAAUCGAAUAGAUUUCAAUCAGACAGAAGAGAAAAUAAAUGGCAAACGGAAGAACGAUUGUCUGAAAAAGAUGUUGGUGCUAAUCAAUUUAUUUCUACAACAAAGGGUUUUCAGGGAAUUAUCAAGUCGAGAUAUUCUGACUUUCAUGUUAAUGAAAUCGACUUGGAUGGAAAUGAAGCUGUGUUAAGUGAAUUUGCUUUACCUGAAAUUUCUGAAGAAACUGUUGAACCUGAGGAAGACUAUGAAGUUGAAUUUAAAGAGUUAAUUAACGAAGAGCAACGAAAACUCAUUGAACAACUUAUUGAUUCGAAAAAUGAGGAAGAAUCAAAGUCUGUACUUAUUGAUGUCACUGAUUUUGACAAAGACAAACGUUCAAAGCUCCACAAAAUUCUCCGAAGUAUUCAUGGUGAUAAAAUAUUCAACAACACAAUAAGUGAGAAUGAUAAAAAGUUCAUUCAAAUCAAUAAAUCGACGAUGAAAGAAAAAGCAAGAGGACAUGCAUGGAAAUGGCCUCAUGAGUUCACUUACUUUAUACUACAUAAGGAAAAUAUUGACACAUUACAGGCUAUCGCUUUACUCAGUCAAAAGUUGGGUGUGAAGCCGUCAUUCUUCACUUAUGCUGGAACGAAAGAUAAGCGAGCCAAAACAUCGCAAUGGAUCAGUGUGAAGAAAAUGGAACCGAAUAAGAUUUGCCAAACUGCAAAGAAAUGUCAAGGAAUUCGAGUUGGAAACUUUAAAUUCGAACCUGAAUGUCUUCGACUUGGAUGUUUGAAAGGAAAUCGAUUUAGAAUCGCAUUGCGUUCAAUCAAUGGCGAUGAGAAGGAAAUCGAAAAGUCACUUCAAAGUUUGAGAGAUAUUGGAUUUCUCAAUUAUUACGGACUCCAAAGGUUUGGAAAUUGCGUUAAAGUUCCAACAUAUUUAAUCGGCAAAGCACUUCUUGCAUCUGACUUCAAAUUAGCAUGUGAGUUGAUUCUUCAAGAACGCGACGGUGAACCUUUCUACAUGCAGAAAAUGAGAAAAUGUUAUGCAGAAACAAAAGAUCCGAAACAGACACUUGACUGUCUUCACACAACCAACACUUGUGUUGAAGCUCGCCUUCUUCAUGGAUUCAUUAAAAAUGGCUCGACAAAUUAUCUCCAAGCACUUCUCAACCUUCCAAGAAAUAUGCUAAUGCUCUACACCCACGCAUAUCAAAGUCUCAUCUUUAAUAAAGUUGCAAGCAAACGACGAGAGUUGGGGUUGAAUGUACUCGAAGGUGAUUUAAUUUUCACUGAAGAACCGAAAGUGGAAACUGAAGGUAUUGAAAUUAAUCAGGAAUUGAGUGAAGACGAAGCAUGUGAAGAGACAAUUGAGUCAAAAUUUUUAACAAUGGUUCGUCAUUUGACAGCUGAUGAUGUCAACAGUGGAAAUUUCACAAUUUAUGACAUUGUGUUGCCACUUCCUGGUUAUGACAUCAAAUAUCCAAGUAAUGUUGUUGGAUCUUUCUACGAUGAACUUCUAUCAAUUGACGAAUUAUCAUCGGAAAAAUUAAAAAACAAACAACCAGUUUUCUCAUUAACCGGCGCAUAUCGAAAGGUUUUCGUUAAGCCAGAAAAUUUCAGUUGGAAGUUUAUGAAAUAUCAAAAUCAUGAUGCAAAUCUCAUAUUAUCUGAUUAUUCGAAAAUUUUCAAGGAUCCCGAACCAGAAGAUGAUCCAGAGGGUAAAAACAUGGCAAUUAUUCUUGAUUUCAUUCUUCCAUCUUCGACUUACGCUACGAUGGCACUUCGGGAACUCAUGAAGCACGACACUUCAGUGGAAAGUCAAAUAAGUCUUGAAAAAGAAAUCAGAGAAGCUUCAGAAGUCAAGGAUAGCGAUGGUAUAGUCGUUCAAAAAGAAGAAACAAUUGACGAUGAUGAGCCAGAUGCAAAGAAAUGUAAAACUGAAUAAACAUUUGUAAUUCUAAUAAAUAAUAAAAAUAUUUUCAAUUUCACUUCCAAAAUA